AUGGCGGGACAGGGGGACGCGGCGAUGGCGCGGUCGCGGUCGCUGUUCCUGUGGGACGACGGGAGCCCGAUGCGGUUCUACGUGCGGCCCGGGCUGGCCAAGCUGCGCCUGGCGCCGCUGGUGCUGGCGGGCGGCGGGCGGCUGUGCCGCGUGCAGGAGCCGGGAGCCGUGCUCCUGGCGCAGCCCGGCGAGGCGGCGCCCGGCGGGGCCGUCUCCACCGAGUACGUGACGGAGUGCGUAGAGCGCAACCAGCGGCUGCCGCUGGAGCCCUUCCGGCUGCCCGCCGCGCCGCCCGCCUCGGCCGCCGGCUCCCCGCGGGGCCGCCUCGUCUUCACGGAGGCGGAGGACGCGGCGCUGCUGCGCGCGGUGCGGGGGCGGGGCGCGGCCAGGGCCGGCGGCCGGGCGCUGUGGCAGGAGCUGGAGCGGGCCGCGCUGACGCGGCACAGCUGGCAGGCCAUGCGGGACCGCUACCUGCGGCGUCUGCGGCCGCUGCUGCGGGGUGAGCCGAGGGCGGCGCGGCUGAGGGGCGGCAGGGCUGCGGGGAGGGCGCCGGGGCCGGCGCCGGGCGCGGGGCCGGGCGCCGGGGCGGUCCGCAGCCGAUGCCCGCCUGUUCCCGCAGAGCCGCCGCAGCCGGAGGAGCCCGCGCAGAGCACGGUGCUGUUCGAGGCGCUGAACCGGGAGUUCGAGAGCAUGGAGUCGGGAAGCGACGCUUCAUACAUUUCAGAAGAACUUUCUACGCAAGAUGGAGAUGAAAAGUCCCCAGGAGAAGCAGCCUCUGUUUUGAAAACUGGACAAGAGGACUCUGCUCUCCCUGACACUCAGUUACAAAGGGAAGAAAGACCAACAAGCACUUGCUCUUCUUCUGAUGUGGUGGAAGAAGUAGUGAAAACAAUGCAGCACUUCAUGGAAAAGUUCAGCAUGGACCUGUCCACUGUUACACAGGCCUUUCUGAAAAAUACUGGUGAAGUGGAAACUACGUCAUAUUUUCUGCAGACAGGGCAGCGCUUGGAUGGGUACCCUAUAUGGAACAGAGAGGAUGAUUUGGGAUUGCAAAAAGAUGAUGAAUGUGUCAGAAGUAAAUUGAUAGCAAAAUUUGGAGCUGAAAAUGUAGCAAAGCGGGUAGCAUUUAGGAAAAGUUAGCAAAGCAGAGGGUAAUGAUUGAUCUAGGACUGUGGCAAGAAUUUUAAAUAAAGUCAUUUCAGAAAUGCAAAUGUGAUAGAAAACGAUGCAACAAUCUCAAGUUUCAGAAAUGCUUUAAAAUAUUUUUUCUAUGAAAGGCCUGUAUUUGAUAUUUUUUUGUAAUAUUGAGUACACUAAACAUUUACAAGUAGAAAAUGUUGAAGAGAAGGGUUCUAUACAAUACUAAGUUUGCACUGAAGAUUUGCUUUAAAGUGCAAAGUGUAUAUCUACAAUAUAAACCAGCGGACAGUCCUACCUGUAUGUUGCUGCGUGCAAAGGAUUUUGAAUAGGGUUGGCACCAAAAUCCAACUGAAUCAUAUUAAAUGCUGUAACUUGUAAUGCAUUAUUAGUGCACAGUAGCAGCCUGCUCUCUGUCAUACAUCAUACUUCAAACUGUUGAGGAUGAUCAUUUAAUAAGGUGGUCCGCCAGGUGUCAUUACCUUUUUUGUGGUUGUUAAUAAACCUUGAAUAGCAGCAGACAUUCCGAGGGGAUAACAGUGAGAAUGUAACAGUCGUGCCAGAAGAUGAAGCACUUAGACAUCUCAGCAUUUAUUUAUGAGACCAAGAGUGGCCAUGUCUACUGGGAGUGGCCAAAAAGGGUCACUGUGACAUUGUAAUACUCGAUCUCAUGUCACAAAGAUCUGUAAGUUAAAAGCUCAGGCCUGUAGAGUCAUCUCACCCACCACAUGUUCUCCUGUGCUAAUACUGCGGGGUUUGUUUAGGGUUGCUUCCCAUCUUGCUUCCCGAUUUCAAAAACAGUAUCUGCCCCAGCUCGCAUGUCUACAGAGGGAAGAGUCCCAGCCUCAGUCCACACAAAUGACACUUGCACCAGACCAUAUAGUCUGGCUGGGAAAAGCAGACUGGCUUUGAGGGCUACAUGCAGUAGUUCAAGUAGGAGAUAAAAGAAAGAGUGCUCAGAGCUUAUUUAGGUAUCUGCCACCCAAGUCAUGUCUGAGAGAACACCAUUGCUAGUGUGCAGUCACAAUCUGAAAAACUCCAUCUUUCAGGCUGAAAUCAGUAGUCAUUGUCACUGUCUUUAAUAUUAUUUGAAGUCAGUCCUGUAAAUCUAGAAUUCAUUAUUUCAAUGAAAGUUUGAAUUUUUUUAUUAAUUAUAUUUUGGGAUUUUUGCUUAUUGCUCUGUGGCAUUAAAAAAAAAAAAGGUGACAUAGGAAAUUGCCGAUGUUAAGCCAAGUUUAAAUUCUAUUGAAAGUCAAUGAUAACUUGAUAUAGUGAGACUGCUACUUUAGAAAAGUGCUGUCCUGAAACACCAGCUGAUUAUCUGGGGAGUUAACUGAUGUAACCAAAUAAAUGCCAAAACUCUCAA